AAUAUAUUAUUUAUUCACAAGUUGUUUUAAUUUACCUUGAAAUACGAGAAACACACUAACAAAGUGUUAAACAAAUGAAAGGACAACACCGACAAAGUUGUUUGAAUUUAGUCAUUGCUUUGUUUUGGAAGGAUUCUAAAUGAAAGGACAUUUCCCAUAGCUUCUGUUUGAGAAAAUCCAGAGACUAAAUUACACUGCAAAGUGCGAACCCUUUCCAUAUCCAUCGCCUUUCUUUCUUUCUCAUCUUCUGCUGCACUUGAGAUUCAAUCAUGUCUGCAAAACUUGAUGGUGGAGCGUAUCUCACUUCCUUUGUUGAUGCCGUUUUAGACAAGUUGUCUUCAAUACUUGAAGAUGACUCUGUCCUUGAAGGAAACUACUGUUCCCAGGAGUUGCUUGGAAGGUUGGAGAAAAGUCUGUAUGAGGUUGGACCCGUUCUUGAUGAUGCUGAGCAGAAGCAGUUCACUGACAAGAGAGUCAAGAAGUGGCUUGUUGAUCUCCAAGAUGCUCUCUAUAUGGCCGAUGACUUGCUCGAUGAACUCUCCACUGAAGCCGCUAUCGCUGCCACUCAAACGGAUCCAGGUAACUCUUCUUCCCGGUCUCGUGUUGUUGAUUCAUAUAUUGAAGACAGUAGUGGUAUGGAAAAAAUAGUCGGUACACUAGAGUCUGUUGUAGCAAAGAAAAAUUAUCAUCGUCUGAAAGAGUGCAUCAAGGUGGACAUGUCGUCAUGGAGAACUCCAUCCACAUCUCUCGUUGUAAGUUCUGACAUUUUUGGUCGGGACAACGACAAGGAAGAGAUAAUCAAAUUGUUGCUAGAUGAUGCUUGUCAUGCUGAAUCACCUGUGACUGUGAUCCCCAUUGUGGGUAUGGGCGGAAUAGGAAAAACUACUCUGGCUCAACUGGUUUACAGUGAUGUCCAAGUGGUGAAAAAAUUUGACACUAGAGUGUGGGUGUGUGUAGCUGAAAAUUCCGAUCCUGUUCAUGUUACAAGGACAAUAAUAGCGGCACUAGAUUCCCGUCCUUGUAAUAUGGACAAUUUUGAUUUUCUUCAAUCUGAUUUGAAGGAAAAGCUGAUAGGAAAGACAUUCUUAGUUAUUUUGGAUGAUAUCUGGAAUGAUCAACAAGACACAUGGGAGGAUUUUCUAAGACCUUUUCGGUAUGGGAAUAAUGGAAGUAAAAUUCUCUUAACAACCCGUAGUGAAAAGGUUGCUUCUGUGUUCGUAGCUCCUAAUCGACAUUAUCAACUAAGUUUAUUGUCAGGCAAAGAUUGUUGGUCGGUGUUUUUGAAGCAUUCAUCUGUUUCUACUAAUUCCGAACAAUAUGCAACUCUAGAACCAAUUGGUAAAAAAAUUGUUGAAAAGUGUAAGGGGUUACCUUUGGCUGUGAAGACACUUGGAGGCUUACUGCGCAAUAAGUAUAAUCUAGGGGAUUGGGAGAAUAUACUUGAAAGUGAAAUUUGGGAACUCCCCGAAGAUGAAAAUAAGAUUGUUCCAGCAUUAAGGGUUAGCUAUCACUAUCUCCCUUCACAUUUAAAGCGGUGCUUUAUUUAUUGCUCAUUGUAUCCUGAAGAUUAUCAAUUUGACAAAGAUGAAUUAAUCUUGUUGUGGAUGGCUGAAGGUCUCUUACAACCAAUGGAAAAAAACACAUUAGAAAAUAUUGGUUGUGCAUAUUUUGAUGAAUUAGUUGCAAGAUCAUUUUUUCAACUUUCUAGUGCUGGUGCUGGGUUAUUUGUAAUGCACGAUCUCAUGCAUGAUUUAGCAACGUUUUUUGCUGGAAAAUUCUUUUCCAGAGUCUUUGAAUUUGGCAAUCCACACAUGGCAGACAGCAAAACCCGUCAUUUGUCAUAUAAUCAGGGUCCAAUCUCAAGUUUUCUUGAGGCCUAUAAUGGAGCAAUAUAUAUGAGAACAUUUCUAUGUGUUCAGGCUAAAUCAAUUGAUAUUAAAUGUGAUUUUUGGCCACAACAAUUAAAGUGUUUAAGAGUUUUGUCAUUUCGUACCUUUCAAAUCCUGUCAUUGCCUGAUUCAAUAGGUGAGAUGAUCCAUUUGCGUUAUUUGAAUCUCUCUGGAAUACCUAUUGUCACAUUGCCUGAAUCAUUGUGUAAAUUAUACAAUCUCCAAACGUUGAAGUUGAGUUAUUGUAAGAAGCUGGAGAUGCUUCCUAGCCGUAUGCAAGAUCUUGUGAACCUGCGCUAUCUUGAUAUCAGAGGUUCUGAUUCUUUAAAAGAGAUGCCGAAGGGAAUGAGCCAGUUAAAGCAUCUGAAUUUCUUAAGUGAUUAUAUUGUGGGAAAGCAUGAGGAGAACGGGACAAGAGAAUUGGGAGCACUUGACAACCUUCAUGGCUCACUUUGCAUCUCCAAGUUAGAGAAUGUGAACAACAGCCGUGAAGCUUUGGAGGCGAAGAUGGGUAACAAGAAGCAAAUCAACAUUUUAGAAUUGAAAUGGCGUACAGAAGGUUAUAUUGUUGAUGUUGAAACUGCAAGAGACAUACUUGAGGAGUUACAACCUCACCGAAACCUGGAAGAGUUAUCAAUUAAUGGUUAUAGCGGUGAAAUAUUCCCCGAUUGGUUGGGCCUUUCUUCCUACUCCAAUGUAACCAAACUGAUUCUGUUGAGUUGUAAGAAUUGCCGUCAGGUUCCUUCACUGGGACAGUUACCGUCUCUGCAGCAUCUGGAGAUAUGUGGACUUGAUGGGUUGGAGAGAAUUGGUGGUGAGUUUUACAACAACGCUGAAUCAUGUCAUCAGGGCACACCCUUCAGAUCUCUUCAAACUCUGGAAUUUCGGAGAAUGCGUCGCUGGCGAGAGUGGCAUCUUCCUAAUGACUUUGAUGGAUUUCUGAAACUUAAAAGGCUUUUAAUAGAAGAGUGUCCGGUGUUAAGUGGAGAUCUGCCAGCUCACCUUCCGGCUCUGGAGGAACUUACCAUUUAUAGAUGCGAAGAGCUUGCGUGUUCACUUCCCAGGGCUCCCAAGCUUCACCAAUUAACUGUAGAUGGUUCUAAGAGUUUUUGGUCUGCGGGACCGCAUGACGUAGUAAUUCUCGAGACUAAGCUGGCGAAGUAUGUAGUGGAGUGGCUACCCCACAUCCAAUCGCCGUGUCUCCAAAAUUUGUUGAUCGAGGGGUGUGAGUCAGCAAUAUCAAUUUCAGGAGAUUAUUUGCCCGAUUCAUUCCAAUAUCUGAGAAUCCAGGAUUGUUCAGAAUUAACAUUCUCAGAGCCACUGCAACACAUGUCCCUAACGGAGAUAUAUAUUGACAACUGUGAUUCACUGACCAUGUUUCCAUUGGGGGCCCUUCCAAAUCUCAAGGAACUCACAAUAUUGGAGUGCCCCAGUUUAGUAUCCUUGCCGGGACUAGGCUUUGCUGCGCCCCACCUAGAGGAACUGUAUAUGCGGGAUUGCCCAGAAAUGGAUUGUUUUGGAGAGGAGUGCCUCCCGCCGAGCUUGACGACUCUUGUGAUCUGUAACUGCCAGAAAGCAGAGAGGUGGAUAACAUCAAACGGUUUGCAGAGUGAAGGCCUUACCGAUCUUUUCCUUUCCUUUUGGAAUGAAGUUAAGGGGUUCCCAGGAGAGGGUUGCCUUCCUGCUUCCCUCAAGUAUCUACAAUUGUCGUACUUUUCAAAUCUGGAGACGCUAGACUGCAAGGGCCUUCACCAUCUCACCUCCCUCCAACAAUUAAGAAUUGAAGAGUGUCCAAAGCUGGAGAAUAUCACACAACAAAACCUGCCUGCCUCCAUAUCAGAACUCCACAUCAAGGGAAAAUGUCCAUUGGGGAGUAAGCUGGAAGAGAUGAACGACCCACGGAUUCAAUACAAAAGAGGGCGGUUCAUGUUAUGAGUCAGACGCAGAUUAUGAGUCGUCUUGAUUCUGAUUUCCCACUUUUUGUGCACCAUGCAAGGAUUUCGUCUAAUAUACAUGGAAGAGUUCAUGUAAUAAUAAGGUCCUUGCCAAUGGAGGUAGCUUUCUUGCCUUCCUUCAAUUUCCGAAUCUAUUAUCCCUUGUCAGCACUGGAAGAUGGGACCACAAGCCACAAGGGCCUUCAACUCCAGAGCUCCCAAGAGUUAAUGCCUAUUCUUAGCAAUGAAUUCACCAUUCUUUUUCCAAGUGAAAAGAGCAGUUUGGGAAUGCUUCUCCAAUGAUUGUUGGUUGAUAGGAUGAUGUCUUUAUCAAUUUGUUUUCGGCUGAGAGUUUAAUGUUGCAAGAAAUACAUAGAUAUGGUAAUGCAAGCAUUCAAUGAAAACCAGUUUAAGGUGGUUGCGGUUUGAAGCAUGUUGUGAGUGCCUGGCACAGCACACACUUCAUCCAUUUUAGAUGGGUUUCUCAUUAUCCAGACCCUGAAUUUCAAUAUGGCUUUUUUCUUUAGAAUUGCUGAAUCUAUGACUGGGACUUCCCUUCGUUCAAGUUUCACGGUCAACCAUCUCUGGUUCCCACUUUGGAUUCUUCCUUUUUUCUUCCCCAAAAAAAUGGAUGGUGAAAUCCACCGUUGGACAAUUGUUCCCUUGAAAGCUAAACUGAUAUGGGAGCUCAACACAAUAUGAAGACAGUGUUUCUCAACCCAAGGUGGAAAAGGAAGGCUGAGGCGUCAAGGUUGCUUAUAGCUGAAUGCUUACUAUAAGCAAAUGGAAGAAACUUGACUAUGGAAGCAAGAGAAAUGAGGAGCUCUUGCAUUGAGUGCAUUGUGUGAUUAAUGGCACACAAUCCAUUCUUAGACAAUAGAUCAAAACAUUUUAAAUAUCAGAUUCUUUUUUAUUUUAUUUCUUUGUGAGAGGGAUAAAAUCAUUAAGAAUAAAUUGUUUUUGUCUCA